AUGGUUUUGGAAGCUACAGUAAUAGUCAUUGAUAAUUCUGAGUACUCGAGGAAUGGUGAUUUUCCUAGGACGCGAUUUGAAGCGCAGAUCGACGCGGUGGAGUUUAUCUUUCAGGCCAAACGUAAUGGAAAUCCGGAAAAUACUGUCGGAUUGAUCUCUUCUGCAGGCUCUAAUCCACGAGUUCUUUCUACAUUUACCUCCGAGUUUGGUAAGAUUUUGGCAGGUUUACAUGAUACAAAGAUAGAGGGUUCAAUCCAUCUUGGGACAGCGAUACAGAUUGCAGCAUUGACUUUGAAACAUCGUCAGAAUAAAGUGCAACAUCAGAGGAUUGUUGUGUUUGUAUGUAGUCCUGUGAAGGAUCAUAAGAAUGACCUUUUGAAGUUAGCAAAGAAGUUGAAGAAAAAUAGUAUAAGCGUGGAUAUUAUCAAUUUUGGUGAAGCAGAUUCUAAUGCGCAAAUCUUGGAAGAGUUUAUUGAGACGGUGAACAAUUCACAAGAGGAAAGUAGCCACUUGGUUACUGUAACGCCCGGACCUCGACUAUUAUACGAACACAUUGCAUCUUCACCAAUAAUUCUCGAGGAAGGAGCUACGGGAAUGGGUGGAUUCGAUGGAGGUGCAGGUGGUGGUGAUGGAGCUUUUAUGGAUUUUGGCGUUGAUCCAUCAAUGGACCCCGAGCUGGCGAUGGCAUUGCGUCUCUCCAUGGAAGAAGAACAACAAAGACAACAGCGUUUGAGGCAGCACCAGCAGGAGCAAGAAACGGAACAGCAUCAGGGAGAGGAACCAAAGCGCAAGACCGAAGGGUCCAGUUAG